AUGAUUGAUGGUGAGUCUUAUCUGGGCCGCGUGAUGGUUCGCCCGCUGAGCAAGUCCGGCGACGUCACACUGUACCUCUGGCCCCUGCGCUGCUUGAAGGCCAAGUUCGGCGGCCCCACUUUCGGUGUGGACGUAAACGGUGAGGAGAUCGUCCGGUUCGACCCGCACGGCGCUCGCGGCCACUGGCACAAGGGCGGCUACGACAAGCUCGGCGCCGGCGGCUCACAUGUCGAAUUUCCCGAGGAUGUCCGGGACAGCCGACCCCAGGUCGAAUGGUCGUUGGCCCAGUUGCGGGACCAGACCGGCAGCUACCUGGCCGAAGCCGGAUACGCGGACGCCGCCGCCAACCUCGACCCCGAACUCAUCCAGGCCGCCACCGACGCCAUCCUCGCCCACCUGGAGAGCGAAGGCGACCUGAUUCCGGAAGCCAUCUCCAAGGACCUCAUCGCCGCAUAG